CGCGUAAAUCAGUCCCUUCGGUAGAUGAAAAUAUGGCGAAAUCCCGUUAAAAACAUGUUUACGUCGUCCGUGGUGGAAUAUUUUCUUUACACUCGGAUUCGUAGAAAGUCGCCGGUUUAAAAUAGGGUUGUAGUUGAUCUACGUCCGCACCUUUCGCCGAGUCAAAACGUAAAUCGUAGCACGAUUUUUCCAUUUUUACUCUCGCCUAGGGCAAAGCGAGACGUGGCGGACCUUGAAAAACGUGUUAAUCCAUAUUGGCACCCUCCUUGUUAAAUUUGUUUAUACUAUUCAAACAUGGGAUUUUUUACGUUGGCAGCCUUGCUUAUAACAGUGAAAUAAUCCGAGUUUUUUUUUAUAUCAGUUUUUGUUGACUUGUACGUAGUUGAGGCUUUGUCCCCGAUGCGAAUAAGCCCGUCUCAAUUCAGAUUAUUGCGAUGUCAUUGGCAUUCGGGGAGACAGGGAAGUGGGAGACGGUUGAGGACGUCUUGUACUCGUUGGACUGCGUGUCCGUGAUGAAGAAACCCGAUCCGAGAGUGAUCAGGCGCCCCAACACAGCUGCGAAGAAGGCGAGCCCAAUCGUCGUCCCGCGUCACACCGGCAUCGGCCGUGGCGUCUUGAUUCGCGAGAUCGAGAACGAGUAUGGUGUUGGUUUUCGCGACUCGUUCCUCCACAGCGAGCUGCGCCAAGCGCACGCCUGCGACUUCUCGAAUGAGUCCAUCGAAGCCAACUGGGCGCCAGAGGUGGUGAAAGAACGGGGGAUAUGGGUCGAAAGGGAGCCCAAGACGAACAUUGGCGGUUUCGAAUCGAAUGGGUGGUCGGUGCCGGACAGGUUUGAAGAUGCGCCCUCGCAACAGCCGCCGUCUCAGCAGGACUCCGCCAAGCUGAGGUCCCUCUACAGUUCGGUCGUCCGGUUGAAAAACCGCAAUGCGCUCAUCGCCGGUCUCAACAAGUCUCACGACAGCCGAAGGCCUUUUUCAUGACUAACAGGACGAAACUGUAAAACAGUUCCUUUUAUUCAUUAUUCCGGUGACAACCAGUGACAACCGGUGACAUUAUUUCAUCAACAGAAAAAAAAGUUUUUAUUAAAAUAUUCUAAUUUUAAGGAAAAUAGUAAAAAAAAAUUUCAAAACAAACAAAUAAUCUCCAUUUGGAGCUCAUUUGUUAAAUUAUUAUUUGUUAAUUGCCCAAAUUAGUUGAUAUAUCGAAUUACCAUUUGAAGAAGAAAAAAAAGUUAAGAAAAAAUGAAAUAUCAAGUGUUCAAUUUCGUAAAUAAAAUAAUCGUCAAA